AUGCUUGCGGAUGCUAAUAAAAGUGACCCCGAAAUGCAAAAACUUAGUCGGGAAAUCUCCUCUAGCUUUCCGCUAAUCCAUUUUGACAACUCAGCAGCCGCAGACGCUCAGUACUUAGGUCAGAUACCAUCUUUCAAUAAUCCUCGAUCAACUUUAUUUAUCAUAAUUACAUCCUUUGGAUGCAAUGUAUCUUUAUCAAUAAUAUCAAGACCAAUCAAUUUCAUAACUCAAUUAGAGCCAGCAAAAAUACGUCCCAAGGUUCUAAUUCUGACACAUGUUAAAAAGAGCUCAAACUACAAUGACUUACUCAGAUUUAUGUGGUCUAGACGAUUUUUAGAUGCAACAGUAUUGGAAAUCAUUCUAAGAAAAUACAGCAAAAUGAAUUGCUUUAUGAAUAUUCAUUUAGCGGAUGUAACUCAGCAUUAUUUUAUCCCAUUUACUGAAUCAUUCGUACAAAAGAAGUACUGUUUGGAAUCCGAUUUAUUUCCUGAUAAACUACGCAACUUGCAUGGAUACACUAUGAAGGUUGGACUCUUUCAUUAUCCACCACAUGUCUUUUUUUUCCGCAACCUAACUGCACACAUUAUCAAUUUUGAUGGACCUGAUAUAUUAGCCAUGAAUGCGUUGUCCAAGGCUUUGAAUUUCAAGGUGCUAAAACUUAUUUCUAACAAGACUACUUGGGAUGUUAGCAGUUGUUUAAAAGAGAAAAACGUCGGCUUGUUUCACAGCGCAAUGUAUAAUAAUCUUCAAUUCAUUGGCGUGAAAGGAAUUAUAUCUAAUAUCUGCUUGAGGAAACUAAUGGAAAAAUCGACAAACAUUCGACCUUUAUCGACUGUGGCUGUAGUACCGAUUUUCGCAGAUUGUAUGCCAAAGUUAUCAACUCAAUGGAAAUUUUACAACGCAAUUGCAUUGGUUAUUAUGUUACUAAUAACUUGGCUAAUAACCCGACUCUUGAACUUUAAUAAGCAAAACUGGAGAAUAGAGUACUUAAUGCAGAUACUACUGGGACUAGGAAUUCCACGUGAACCCCGUGUUUUAGCAGAAAGAAUAGUGCUUGGAUCGAUGCUUUUUGCUUGUGUCUUGCAGUCAUCAUUCAUUUUUUCAGCGUUUACAAGCAUUGACCUAAUAGAGAAACCACAGCAGGAAAUUAAUAACAUCGAUGAUUUAAUUUCAUCAAAUCUACAACCCUUACUACUUCCGAAUGUGCACCGUCAUUUAAAAGAUCAAUCAGAUGGAAGAUUGAUGAUUCUUACGAAACAGUCUAUUACAAAGGACAUAACAGAUGAGAUAUGUGUUCAAUAUUUAGUAAGUUACAAGAAUGUCACUUGCUUUAUGAGAAAAACUAGAGCAAACUGGCUGAUUAAAAAAUACAGAGAUGUAGAUGGUCAACCAGUUAUGAGAGUUUUGAAAGAUGCGCUGUUCGAUCUUACAGCUGGUAAUUAUAUGGAAGCAGCAUCUCCCUAUGCAAUUCGGUUUGAAAAUCUGAUGAGGAGAUUUAUGGAAGCUGGUGUCAUGAUCAAGUGGAAUCAUCAUCUGUUCAGUUCCCAGGAAGCUAUAAUUCCGGGGGAGAAUGCUUUUCUUUUAGAUGUUGUCCAGUUCAAUGUGCAGAUUAGAAAAAACAUAUUCUUUGUACUUAUCUUCGGAUACACAUUUUCCGGUCUAGUUUACAUUGGUGAAGUUGUAAUUUACUACUUUCAGAAGCUCAUUAAGCACAAUUUAUAG